CCCCUUCGACUUCGUUCGUACGUGUUUUGAUUGCGCUCAGGCGGCGGUGUGAUGUUUUCGCGUUUUCUCUCGCAACUAAAAUCACUUCGGAACGUUUAAUUCCCGUUCGAAACCCGGUGAAACCAGUGUCGAUCGGUAGCGGACGGGUUCCGGCGCGUCGGUGCGGUAUCGGUUCCGUGCGGAAUGUGUUAUCUUGUGCGCGGUGUGGAUUUUUCUUUUUCCGGGGCAAAGAUCAUCUCGCUGCAAGCUUGAAGCAGACGAAGAGCAAAGAAAAAAAAAUCGUGCUGGCAGGCAGCAUCAUCAUCGUCAUCAUCUGUAGCAGCAAGCAGCUCAGCAGCCACCGCCACCGUCAUCAUCACUGAUGGACGGACGGAUAGGUGGUUUCCACUGAUGUUGUGCAGCCACGCACCUCGGGACGGCGAGAAGAAGCUGAUGCAGCCAGAAAAAUAGAGCACCAACCGAAAUAUAAAACCAUACCGUCUUGGCUUUCGCGGCGACGGCCCUCCCGAACGAAGAAAGGAAGGAAGGAAGCAAAUAAGGGGCCAUCUCAACGUCGUCGUUUGGUGUGAAGCACUGAUUGAAUCGUCCUCGGUGGCAGCGGCGGGUGCUUCUUCUGUGUCAAUUCGCGGCGAGACCCAGCUCGAGCAGGGCAGAACAUCACAACAGCCAGGAUGAGGCCGGCCAGAUAAGCGAAACGCAGCUGAUACCGAUAGGUCUCGCCGUCCGAUUCCGUGCAGUGCAGUGCUGCUGGCUGGGAUAGAAGAGCGGCGGAGACGGAGAGUUCCGUCAUCAGGUGUGUGCCGUAGAGAGUGAUGUAGGAAAAAAUAAAGCAUGACAGUAUUCAUUGAGCGGCGGUGAAAAAACGUAAACAACCCAAUCGGAUGCGAGUGUGAAUGUGCGCCGCAGCGCGAGAGAGGAAAACAAGUCGCAUAAAGUGUGAUAACCAUUAGAGAUACACCUAUAGUGAAGAUGUGCCACAACAGCACGAGAUAGAUCUGCAACAGUGUGAAUGUCCGUUUGUGUGUUUCCUAGGCAGUCUCCGACGAUUCAAAUCGCAAAAGAUCACAACAAUCGAGAGAUAUGUGUGCAUAUUUAUGUUUAUUUGUCGUCCAAUAAAAAAAUGUGCUUAGCAGCAGCUGUGGAAUUUAGUGGUGAAAAUUUAUCAGGUGGUUGUUCAACAAAUGCUACUCUAAGAAAUUAUACGAACCAGUGAUACCGACCGGUGCAACAAUUAGAAUAUAGAGGAAUAAAAAAAAAGCUUGGUGCCGUGCCGAGGGUUUGUCGACGACGUAGUUGCUCGGUUUCUACGGAGGAUAAAGAUUUAGAAUGCAUAUUUAAGCUGUAUUUAAACGAAAAAAAAAAAACAUUAGGUAAAAAGUGUGCUAUUAUCGUGUUAGAAAAAGUUUUAGAAUUGGCGAUACUGACUAAUUUCAAUUAGUCCCACAAAAACAUGGCCAACCUGACCGAAAGCGAUCAAAGUUUUUGCAACUCAUCACAGUCCGGAGCCACCGGAACGGCCAGCACGAUGGUCGUGACAGCAACUAGUCCCCAAGUGGCAGGUACACCGUCUUCGAUGGGCGGAGGCGGUCCGGUAUCUUCCACGCCAACCAGCGGAGGCGGCGGCGGCAGCGGAAGCGUGUGGGCCGAAUUCUGCGAACGGCAUGCACGUGCCGCCUCGGCUGACUUUGCCCGAUCCUGUGUACACUACAUUACCACCAACCUGCCGGAGUCAGCACGCCAAACCGUCUCGCAUCGAGACUUUAUGAGGCGUUUCGUGGACUGCUUCCAGGAACACUUUGCGCACGAUUUCGACCGAAGGCGGAUGCAGUGCAAGACUGGAAAUGGCACAGUGGUGCUCGAGGAAAGCGAUUACUCAGAGGAUACGGAUUCGCCCAAAACAAAUCACAAGCCCUUCUUUCGGCGACUUUCUUUCAAAGGUUUACGCAAAGGAAAGGUGAUUCAUGCCCUCUUCCACAAGCAGCAUUCGGACGAAGUGGAGCUGUCCGGCAGUCGAGUGAGUAAAACAAAACUGGCCAAAAUAGUGGUCGAGUGUCGGAAGGAAGGCACCGUGAACUACUUGACACCGGAAAGCCUAGAGCAGCCCACCGGGACGCACAAAUGGGAAAAGUGCAGGCUGGUGCUGGUGAAGACCGUCGGUGGUUACAUGCUCGAGUUCUAUUCCCCGCCCAAGUCACAAAAGCCUCGCAGUGGAGUAUUUUGCUUCCUGAUUUCGGAAGCACGCGAAACAACUGCCCUGGAAAUGCCCGACCACGAGAACACGUUCGUUCUGAAGGCGGACAAUAGCAUGGAGUACGUGAUUGAGGCGCGCGACACCGACGACAUGCGCAGCUGGCUUGCGACGAUACGCUACUGUAUGCGUAGCAGUCCCACAUCCCAGCUGCCUCCGGUUACGGAUUUGAACGCCAGCCUCAGCACUUCGAUAUCGCAUGGUGGUGGACCCGGACCCGGAGGCGGAACAACGGCCGGCGGUUCUGUCAGUGCAGGUGCUACGGGCAUGGCCACCAGUUUGAUGAACGAUGUGAACAAUUUGGGUUUGAACCAGUCAGCGUUGAACGCAGUGCCAACGAAACCAGCUCCGGAACUACCUCCGCGCCGAGACGAAGGCAGAGUAUCGUCUUCCUCGAACUUCGAACUGACCGAAAAUGACCUGGAACAGACGCACGACGUUGAUACGGACCUCACGGCGAUGAUGCGGGAGUAUCCUUGGUUCCACGGUUUACUAGCGCGGUCGGAUGCGGCCCAGCUGGUGUUACACAAUGGUUUGUCUAGUCACGGUGUGUUCCUGGUGCGGCAGAGCGAAACCCGAAAGGGCGAGUACGUGCUGACCUUCAACUUCCAGGGUAAGGCCAAACACCUUCGGAUGACACUGAACGACCUGGGCCAGUGCCGGGUGCAACACUUGUGGUUCCCGUCGAUCACGGAAAUGCUGGAGCACUUCCGGCAGCAUCCGAUACCGCUGGAAUCGGGCGGUACGGCGGACGUGACCCUCACCAACUUUGUAGUGCAAUCUGUGUCUGCUCAGUCGAACAGUAAUACCUACUCGACGACGACCAUCGGCGCAGGUGCACCGGCCGCCAGCGGAGCAGGAUCCAGUGCCAACCCCAAUACCAGCCCGAGACAUCCCAUGCAGGUGAUCACCAUGAACGGAAGUGUUCGGAUCAAAACGUGCGAUUUGGAACUGUCGCAGCAAACCAUUGUACCGGCACACCACGAAGUGCCCGGAAAUCAGGGAGCAACCGGUGGCGGUGGUGCCGGCGGCGGUAAUCAAGUUGGUUCUUCAACCGGCGCCGUAGGGCAACCAAGUGGAUCGGCGGCCGCCAGUGGCGAGGACGGCCAGCGGGCUGUCGAUAAUCAGUAUAGCUAUGUUUGAAGUGUCUGUUGAAGUGUAGCGUUGUGAACAUCUCGCCGACGACGAAACUAAUAAAUCCGGAAUUGAACCGUAGAAUAACUACCGAGGACCUCAGGUUUAACUGGAUGUAUAAUGGGAUUUUUAGGGUAACACGUGAGCAUAUUGAAAAGAAACAUGUGAAAAAAAAUCUUGCCAAAUCUAUCUGCCUUUUUUGCUUAGCGAUGUGAAAAACUUGUUUCAAACCAACUGUGAAUUAUCCUAGUGCGUCUUACUUCAGUUAUUUAUAAUUAGCAUAAUUUGCAAGAAGUCACGUAACAAAAUUAACCAAUGCUUGAGCGAAGCAGUUAAAAACUGUAUCUUGAUACGAAAAAAGUUCACGAAAUUUGCGUUGAAUUAUUCCUAAAACUGCUUUGAUUUCAAAAAUCCAUACAAAAAGAAUGUAGACACCUGCUGUUGUUUUACUAUUACACGUUUGGAAAACGGAUCAUCAAAAAGCUAGCUGUUAUUCUCCGUAAAAGAAACUUUAUUAAAAAAAUCAUCCGAAAUUGAAUAAAUCAUACCGAGGAUAAGACAAACUCGCCACCCGAAAUUCGCAAAUCGAAAUUAGCUCUGUACUCUUCCGAAGGAUUAACUACCAUAAAUAUUAAAGCAUUUUACUAAAAAAAA